UAACUCCCAUAAAACCAGGACUCAGGAGGCUGCUGUGGAACACUUAGUAAUGAAAUAAAAUAAGUCAUUAUUUUGCAACGCAAAAACAUUCUUAAUAGUAAAAAAGGUAUAUGAAGGACUAAACUAUAAUCAAACUAUUCAAAGGUACACUCACCAAGUUUUAAAGAUAAAAUCAAAAGUAUUUCUUUUUAGUGUGUAUAUAUUAUUUUAUUUUACUUAUUUUUAAUGCACCAAUCAAAUUGUUUUUAUGAAGGCACUGGCUACGAUUACCCACAAAAAGUAGCAAUAAGAAAUAAUUAUUGUUACCUCCAAGACUAAUUGCAGAAUAGACGUAUUUACACUUGUAUGCAAAUUUCUCUGCCAUUACUUAAAAUCACACUUCCCGUAGUAAAUUUUGACAUCAAAAUUUUAAAAAAUUGACGUCAUAAUUCAAAAGUGAUUGUUGCUUUGACAUCAGAAGGUUAUUCAGAGACAGAUCUAAGGUCAUUUGGAGACAAAAUUCAGCUAAAUACCAAAAGUAGCAUCAACCCUGUUAUAUAUAGAAUACAAGAUGGAGCUGUCAAUAUAAAGACAAAAGUGCUACAUGUUUUUCAUUAAGAUGGUGGUUUUGAAAAGGAGACUUUGAUAAUGGAAUAAGACAAAUGUUAACACUGAAGCUUUUAAUGGCAGUCAAUACUUAGAUGUCAUAAUAGAAAAAAAUAGCAGUAUGAAGGAGAAAGGGCAAGCCGGAGAGAAUGAUGACGAAGAGGAAAGUCAGUUAACAGAGUCAAAUUUACCUGUAGAUAAAGGAUAUGCAUGGGUUGUGGUGUUUGCUGCUUCUAUGAUUCUUUUCCUGGUGAUUGGAUCUCUGAAAUCAUUUGGUGUAUUAUAUGUUGAACUGUCUAGAGAGCACAAUGCCAGUAACAAAGAACUCCAGUCUAUACAAUCAUUAACUGGUUUCUUUUAUCUGGGGCUAGGGCCUGUUGGAACUGCACUGAGUAUGAAGUUUUCUCACCGAGCAGUCUGUUUUGUUGGUGGAUUAUUUGGCGGGACAGGAUUUUUAUUGACAGCUUUUGCUCCAUCUUUGGAAUACUAUUAUCUGACAUAUGGUUGUCUCACAGGAAUUGGUUAUGGUUUCUCAUUCAGUCCCUGUGUUGUGAGCUUUGUACAUUAUUUUCACAAGAGACGAGCACUUGCUAAUGGCAUUGUUACAGCAGGAGGAGGAUUGGGUGCAGUAGUACUGCCAUAUUUUAUGAGAUAUCUUAUUGACGUAAUGUCACUUAAAGGAUGUAUGAUGAUCUUUGCUGGUAUCUUGUACAACAUAUGUGUAUUUGCUUGUUUACUCAGACCACAUAAUAAUUAUCCCAUUAAAAAAAGAAAUGGGAAAAAGGUUAGUCAGAAAAUGACACCGUCUGUAGAUCAACAAAGUAUGAUACUUUUAGAUGCUAGUGACCUCAUUCAUUGUGAUGAUAAAAGUUAUAUAUCGGUAGACGAUGGCAGAAGUCAGAAUAGUUAUGUUUCAGAGGGGGAAUAUCUGUUAAGGCAUGCACAGAAGAAAUCCAAACGAGGAAACAAAAUGGCUAAUGCUUCUAUCGUUAGUCUGAAAUCUUUUAAUCCUUCUCUGUAUACAAAUCCAGAAAAUAUGACAAGGUCCUUGUGCUCAGAAGAUCAACUAAGUUUAGAUAUCAGUUCUAAGCAGGAAAAACAAAUGACAGCUUCUGUUAUCAGUCUCAAGUCAUUUGAUCCUUCUCUUUGUUCUAAUCCUGAAGUACUGGGUAAAUCAUUAUACUCUGAAAAUGACGAUGCAAUUGAAGUCUUGAAGGAUGACAAUCAGAUAAAUGCAUCAGUGAUCAGUUUGAAAUCCUUUGACCCAUCUGUAUGUUCAAAUAUUGAUGUCAUGGGAAAAUCCAUUUAUUCUGAUGAUCAGCAAAGUAUUGGAGUAGCCUCACUUAGUGAGACUAGUCGGAAACAGAGCUUAGGAGUUGUCUCUCUUGACUCUACUUCUAGAGAAUCAGCUUCAAAAAGUAAAUCAGUAACUGAGUCACAGACUGAUGAAGUAGAGGAUGAAAGAAAAUUCAGAAUUAAUGAACAUGACCAAGACAAGAUGAACAUUUUUGAAUAUAAAGAAAAUGAGAAAUUUUCUCUUGAAAAUCAAAAGCCUGUCACAAAAUCUCGUAGUCAGGGAAAACGAAGACAUUUAUCUGCAGGGAACACAAGUUUAAAGGCCAUCCUUACCAAUGACAAAUAUAAAAUAGAUGAAGAAAAUCAAAUAAAAAAUCUAAGUGAUGAAUGUAAUAGCCAGAACAGUUUAAAGGCUGAGAAAGAAUCACUUCUAAAAAAGAUGAUAUGGUUAAAAAAAGAUGACAAGCAACGUCUUACAGCAUCAGUUAUUAGUCUGAAAUCCUAUGAUCCAUCUUUAUGUGCCAGUCUGGGUGUAGUAGCCAGUAUAUCAAUGCAGAGUAUACCUCAGACUUUUGAAAGGCUAGAUAAUAGCAAUAGAGGAAUUCUUAUUGAAUCUCAGACUUUAGACAAGAAGGGUCAUUGUUGGUCUUAUAAAAAAUUAUGUAUAUUUGAUUGGAGCCUAUUCAAAAAUCCUGUUUUUCUUCUGUACCUUAUUUUUGUUUUUUGUGAAUCGCUUGGAUAUCUGAGUAUAUUUAAUAUUUUACCUCCGUUUUGUGAAGAAAUUGGCGGAACAGACACACAAGGGGCUAUGAUCAUCGCCAUUAUCAGCAUAUCUGAAUUAUUUGGAAGACUGUUCUUUGGAUGGUGUACACACAUGUGUCCAAAUAACUGUAAAACUAUAUAUUUUGGAGCAACUUUUCUAAUGGGAUUGGGAAUAGUGUUCACUCCAGAUAUGAGCACAUUUCUCCAUCUUGCCAUAUUUGUUGGAAUUUAUGGAUUUUUUUCUGGAGGAUACAAUGGUGUUUUGUUUAAUACAAUUAUCAACAGUUUAGGAUUAGAGAAAUUUUCACAUGCCUUUGGAUUUAUUGCUUUUUCUGCAUCAUUAUCGUUGCUGAUUAAUCCAGUGGAAUCAGGUUUGAUAAAAGAUUCAACUGGUUCCUGGAUGAAUGUCUUUAGGGUCAAUGGAUCUGUAGCCCUGUUUGGAUGUUUUAUGUUACUGAUUAUAACAUUCCUAGAGAGAAGAAAACCCCUUCAAACCUCUGAGAUAGAAAUGGAUACCACUGUAGAAUUGUGAAAAUGGUGAGCAAGAUCCAAAGGAAAAUUAGAUGUGGAAUGGUUCAACUUUGAAUUUUGAUUCAAUGUAGAGUUUAAUAAUGUCAAACAUUCAAGAAUUUCAAAUUUUCGUAAACAGUGGUAAAGAGGAACUAAAUUAAGUAUUUAAUAUUAUAACAGUGCCAUUUUAUAGUGUAUGUAAAAACCCUAUUGUUAUUAAACCCUAUCUAACAAGUCAAAUACAUUUGAUACCAUCUUAAUGAAAUUGUAUCUAUAGUAACAUGUGUGUUCGAAAAUCAUUUUACUUCUUUUUAGUCCCCAGUACCGACGAAGUCGAAGGGCACUUUAGGUUUGCACUCCGUCCGUCAGUCCGGCAAAUCAGUUUUCCACACUUUUUUUCUUCAUGCUUGAAGAUAUUGAUUUGAUAUUUGGUUUAUUGUUUUAUCAUGACAAGUUACAGAUCAAUUUCGAAUUUUGUUCCUGUCUGAUGAUUUUGUGUAGCGUUAUGGUCCUUGGACUUAAAAAAUUCACUUAAAUAAUCAACACUUUUUUUCGUCAGGCUUGAAGAUAUUGACUUAAAAUUUGCUAUAUAGUUUACACCAUGACAAGUUAUAGAUCAAGUUAGAAUUUUGUUCCAAUGCAAUGAAUUUUUAACCGGUAGGGGACUGUAUUGCCAUAGAAUGCUUGUUGAAAUUAUAGUAUUUUAGUGCCUUUUGUUGUGGAUGUUUUGCAGAGUUUUACAAGAGAGUAAAUUUUUAAUUGUAGUGCAUAUUAGUGCUAUUUUACUUGGAAAUCUACAGCUAAGGAAUAAACCUCUAUAUAUGGAAUGAAAAUGACUGAAUUUUUCAGAAGAUAUUUAAGCAACAUAGAAUAAAUAACUUGUAUUUGUUGAGCCUGUGACAUUUAUGUGUGAAAAAGAGACUUAGGGAUCCCAGAUUAUUUGGUUUUGGUUCAGUCUCUGGUUAAAUUUUUUUUAGGCAAUUUUCUAGAGCAAUAUUGUGAAAAUAUUUAUUUUCAUUUUUCCAUAUUUGACUGAUAAAUGGAUUUAGAUAUUUUUUCAGCUUAGUUUUCAUUGCUUUUAGAUAGUCUAAGGUUAAAGUUUUUCAGUUAUCAAUAACGUUGUCAACACUUCAUUGAAUUUUUUUCAAAUGUAGACAGAAGCUUUUUUAUGACCAAAAGAAGAAGCUUUUUUACGACCAAAAGACAGUAACCAGAGCAGAAUUGUGAAAAAUAAUUUAUGAUAUAAAAAGUAUAUAUGGUAUCUAGGAUUUUAUGAUAUAAAAAGUAUAUAUGGUAUCUAAGAUUUUAUGAUAUACUGUAAUUAAUAACCUUGGCCUAAUUUUACCGAAAAAUAUUAAAUUUUAAAAAAAAUAAUCAUGGUAUUUAUUUUUUUGUAUUGAGUAUAAAGUUGUUCAUAAAGUUUUAUAUUAACAUUUAUUUAUUCUUUUUUUUUAAGUGUUUGUUGGAAUAAGACAUUUAGAAAAGAGGGCAUAGCAUAUUUUAGAGACAAUUAUAUUCCUUUAAAAUAUUAAUUCGUGAUAGCAUUAGAACAAAUUUGUCAUGACAAUAAGAGGAAACAUGAUAUGAAAAUUAUUAAAGAUCUGAUUGACUUUUAUAUCCAGAAACUCCAUCAUAAAGUGGCAUUUAAAGGUCGAAUGGACAAUGUAUCGUUUGAUAUCUAAAAGGUUAUGUAGCUGAAAAAGUAGGUAAUAUUGUAAUGUAUGCAUUUGCUUGAAUUAAAAAACUGCCCUCAGAAUAAAGAAAUGAGGGCACAUUGAAUUUGCGCCAAUUUUUACAAAAUCCAAUCUUUCAUUUACGCCACAAGGUUAUAUUUCAUUUGCGCCAUUUUACAGGUAACAUAUAAUGGAAAAGUUUAAAUAUUCAUUGCUAUAUAAAACUGAGAGUCACUUAGGUUUAAAUCUAUAUAGUGAUCACAUGUUUGAGCUAGGUGUCAAGAUGGACAUUGUCAAUUCUGAGACAAAUUAGUUUUUUUCUCAAUUGGAUUGUUUCAUAUUUUUCAUGUCGGGACUGUUUCAAGCCGACUAUAUGGUAUGGGUUUUUCCUCAUUUUUGAAGGCUGUACGGUUGCCUAUAAUUGAUUUCAUCCACUUCAUUUGAACUUUGGUGGAUAGUUGUCUCAUUGGCAAUCAUACCACAUAUCCUUAUUUUUAUGUAGAAGAAAUAUGUCUGUAAUUUUUUAUGACCACAAAUAUUGGGUUAUCCAGUGUGCAUGAGUACAUCCGAGCAGUUGCUUACAAGUCUUGUGUCAGAACCAACUUUUUGUUUUACUCCAGUGUAUAAUGCUUUCUCUUAGGUUUUAUGAUCUCUUUGAUUUAUAACAGAACUGUGUUUUAACAUUAUUAUGAAAAGUCUCUUAUGUUACAAUGACUGAUUACGGAGGAAUAUGUUUUAUUAUGCAAUCAAAAUGUGUUUUAAAGUUAUUUUUAAAAGUCUCUUUUGAAUAAAACUAUUUUUAUACUAUUUAUAAAUAAGAAGAUGUGGUAUGAGUGCCAAUGUGACAAUUCUAUUUACCUGUAUUAUUGGCGCAAAUGAAAUGUUUUAUUUUGGCGCAAAUGAAAUAUGAUUUGUGGCUCAAAUGAAAGAUUAUUUUGGCGCAAAUGAAAUGCCAGUUGGCGCAAGAGCAAAGCAUUGAGAAAUGAAAGUUUACAUGAGUUGUACCCCAUUUCCUACAUAGAAAUGGCAUGUAUGACAUCAUGGAUAAAAAGAAGAAAAGAAGAUAUAAAUAUAUAAAAACCUACUCAACACAUUUUAUUAGUUUAAACCUAUUUCAACUGGAUCAUCACUUUCAUUACUUAGUAAUCUUGUAUAUAGGCAUGAUAAGAAAAAGUUGUAUUAUCGUUAUAUUUUUUCACUGAAUUUUGCCAUUUAUGGCAAAAGGAAAAAGGUCUUUUGUAGGGCUUGAUUUAUUCCCUUAAAACCUAAAACAAUUUGAAUGGGAAAUUAAGAAGCAUCCUAUUUUAAUAUGUCCAGUAUUAUGUUCUAUGUUAAGUAAAUUAUCCAUUGAUACCUAUUUUGUGUUGACUAUAACUCAUAAUUGACACACAGGAAUAUUUUUUGUAAUCUUGCAUCAUUAGGUUUUUGUUAAUCCCAAAUUCUCCAACUAUACUUGACCAACACUAAUCAAACAUGUGCUGACUCUUUUGGAAGAAUUAAGCUUACACAUAUCUCAUUUUAAUUUUUGAUUUGAAAAGAUAAGUUUUUCAGUCCUGUUCAGUUCAGAGGAACACACUUCUAAAAUAUGCAACACCCUCUAAACCACUUUGAGAAAACAUCAAAUUCACACAGACUCUUUUACUGGUAGUGUAAUAUUUUGAUAUUUUAUCACAUUGCUUUCUGAGAUACCAUAACUUUAAAAUGGAAUUCAAAGUUAUUAAGAGGUCACACAUCAGGGAUGGGCACGAUUACUGACAAAUGUAAUCGAUUACAUGAAGGAUUUUUGUGUAAUCGAUUAAUAAUCGAUUACUCUGAUUUUUGUAUGUAAUUAAUUGCAAUCGAUUACUUUAUCAAAAGUAAUUACAUUACUUUUCGAUUACUGUCAAUUACAUUUUACAAAAUUACAAAAAAAAUUAUAAAGUAAGUUAAACACAAUUAUGUUGCUCAACGUUUAUAUAGUGGAAAUUUAGAACUUUACCAAAAACAGCAUUUAGAGCAUUGUUUUCAAAUUUUAAUUUGACAUUUGUUUUCUAGAUGGAAUCUCUUACUGAGGAUCAGAAAUAUUCAAACAUUCUUGAAAUUUUGGCUUUCAACAUGAACGAGAGAUGACAUCGCAUUGCAUCAAUCACUUAUUUAUAUUGCAAGUUUGUUUUCAAAAAUUUUGCUUUCAUACUGACUUAGAGAAGCUUUUUUGUUUUUACUCAUUAAAAACAGGUAUAUUUUUAUUUAACAUAGUUAAUUGCAAUAUUGGAAAUUUUCCUCUGAAAAAAAGUAGAAUAAUUAAUUAGUUCAGCUAAUUUCAAAGAUCAAAAUUUAUAAUUAUAAUGACAUGCAUGAAUUAAUCCUUUUGUUUGGAUAACCACCCUAAUUACAGGUUAUAAAACUGCCAAUGGAGUACAAUUUAUAACCUGGGGCAAAAUAAUGUAAAUCUCCCUCUUAAUUAGACAUAAUUGAAAUGAAAACAAAGUCUACAUCUUAUUUAUUAGAAGUCUUUUAUCAUCUGAUUAGUAAAGACAAGAAUUUUGUUUAGAUUUUUUUAUUCUCUAAUCAAAUUAUAAACAAUAUAUAUUUAUAUUGUCAAAAUGGGAUACAUGUAUCUAUUUCUCCAAAAGAAUUUCAAUGCAUAGCCAAUAUUUCAUUGUCGAAAGGAUUUUGUGUACUUUCUUAAUUUUUAUAUUAUAACAUUAUAAGGAAUCAACUGAUUAUCUAUUCUAAUCUAAAAUUCCAACUCUUAUUUAAAAUUAUGCUUUAAAGAAUUUGAAUAAAAAUAAGCAUACUACUUUAAUGUAGUACAGUACUUAACUUAAGACUCAUUUCUUAUUUUAUAAGGUCUUGAAUUAUUGACAAGCACAUAAAUCCAUUUAUUUUUCAAAAGCUAGAUAUAAAGUAAAAUUUGGUAGGGAUCUGGUUGAUCAUAAUGCAGCUUGAGACAAUAGAUAGAUAUAAAGCAGUUGAUAAACUCUUAAGUCAUAUUAAUACAUUCUGUUUUAUCUGUACUUUAAAGUGAUGAAUACAUACAUACUUUCAUUUAGAAUAGGUUAUAUUUCAUCAAACUAUUUUACUAAAGUAAUCGAAAUGUAAUCGAAAAGUAAUCGAUGAUUACAUCACAAUUUUUGCUGUAAUCGAUUAAAUUACGAUUACAUGUAAUCGAAAAUGUCUUUGAUUACAGAUUACUGUCGAUUACUGGAAAAAAUGUAAUCAAUUACAAUCGAUUAUGAUUACAGAUUACGAUUACCCCAUCCCUGUCACACAUAUCUCUAAUCUGCAUCUUCUUCUCUACCUCUCAAUAGAAUCCAGCCUAUUUGCUUUUUCUUUUCAACUGACAUCAAGCUGUGCAUCCAUUUCUUAAUUUUUGGUGACAUUGAUUUUGGUGUUUCAAUAGUCAGCAAAAGCAUUUAAGACAUUUAUAUUAAACUGAAAAGUUUCCAAGUCUAGAAAAAAAUUAAAACAAUUUUAGAUAUAGAGGUUCAAAAAUUUAAUAUGUGUGAUAUUAUUUUGUUAGGCUUGAAGACACUUAUUGAGAACUAUAGGAAGAGUUAAUAGCACAGAAGAAUCUGUUGAAUAUUUGACUAAAGUUGCCAAGUCAGGGGUGAAAUUGUAUCCUUAUAUAGAUUUUAGUUGCUACUAUUUGCUGAUUCAUUAUUGAGUCAAAUGUAUUCCAACCCUUAAAGAAAAACAUCAUUUGCAACAGUGAUAUCAUGUGAUUCUUAGGUUCUUUGUGUAGCCAUUUAUAAAAGAAAUGAUUAUUUAAUUCCUUAUAGAUAUGUCAGUAAACUUCAGUAAAAUGGAGAUAAGAAUCUCAUUUCAUUCAUGAAUAUGCAUUAUAUUAAUUCAUGUGAUACUUGAUCCUAAAGCUUUAAGGAUCAACAUAAAUUUUACAUUUGAUUUUUAUAAUUUUUUGUUUAUUUAUAUUUUUAGUUUAUAACGUAACACUGUUUUUAUAAAUAAUAAUUUUUCUGUUUGUUAUUCUUUCCAUACAUCAAAUAUCAGGUCUUUUUGUCUCUUUCAUUAUACAUUUUCCUGUGUUUCCUUAAUUUUUUAAAUUCUAAAGUUUUUGAAAAGAUAAAUGUUAUAAAUGAUGAGAAAGAAAUCAUAAGACAUUACAAACAGUCCAAAUAAUUUUUGUAAAACAGAAUUUGUUGAAUUUGUAAUUAUUCAGCAUCUUAUUUUUCGUAUAAGGUGAAAUGACUUUCUCCCAAAAUUCUGUCAGCUGCAGACAUUAAUACAUGUAUAUCUCUAUAUACAAAUAGUUUUAUCAGAAAAUUUGUUAAUUUCAUGUGUUGCUUUUUGUUUUCUUAAUUUUGUUGUUGUUGUUGUUAAAAUGAGAAAUCAAUUUUUUAAACAAAAUAAAAAACAUAUAUUCAGAAAUUUGUGACUGAUUUAUCUUUUUGUUGUUGUAAACAUGAUAAAUCAGUUAUUUAAAUAAAAUAAGAAACGUUUAUUCAGAAAUAGGUAACUUAGCUAUAUAUUUAGUGUAAUAUGCAACCCUUGACUUUUCAUUGAAAACCUACAGCCCUGAACAAUCCUCAGCUUUUAUAAAUGCAUUGACUAUGUUCAUUCUUACUAAAUGAACAAAAGUACAUUGAACAAUAUAUCACCACUCACAACUUGCAAAUGAUACAGAAAGAAGGAGCCAUCUAAAUAUAAAUAUGAAGAUCUCAAAAUGAGGCUAUUUUGGCCGAUAUUGAAGUUUUGCAUGAAUUUUAAGUAGUUUGAAGCCCUUAAAGCAAGUAUGUAAGACAAAUUUUAAGAAUAUAAAAACUGAUACCUGACAAGACUAAUGUAUUUGAUACAUCUGAAGGUUGUUAUUUGAAGGAUUUAUAAUACUUCUUGAAUUUCAAAUUCAAAGGGCCAUAAAAGUGGCAUUGUGAUAUACCUACUUCCCUUGUCAAAUUUGUAAACAUCAGAUUAAACAUUUUAUGUUGAAUUAUUUAAAUUUUUACCAUGGAAAAAAGGCAUUUUAUUUAUCAUUCAUUUAUGGUGUAUACAAUGGUAAAAUUUUUCAAUUUGCUUGUUAAUUUUUAUCAAGGUUACUGUACUUUCAUGGCUUUGUGAUAAUUAAUGUGUAUUUUAGAAGAUUAUAAAGUAGUAAAUGUUUUUGAUGAUGCAUGCAAAAUAUUUAUACAUAAAAUAAUUGUACGUGCCUUGUUAUUGUAUUUACAUAUUAAUGUGCAAUAAAGCUGUUGUAAGUGUUUUCAAAAUGCCAUGCUGAAGAUUUCAGAAGAUACCAUGCACCAAUUGUUGUAUUCAUAUUUUUAAAUUCACUUGUAAGGACAAUUGCUGUUUAUGAUAAGAUAUUGUUUGUAAUUAUAUGUCAGUUGCAAUGUUGCUGUUCUUACCACUAGAUUGAAUUAAUCUGGAUUAUUUCCCUUUAGAGAGCAUGUGCAAUGUAGUUUGUUAUCCUUCCUAACAGCUGUUCAACUCAAGGAUUUGGGGAAACAAAAAGAUAUCUGUUAUCCUUUUCGUCAUUUUGAUAUUCAGUAUUAACAUCCUACCAAUUAUUCUUUGCAACUUAAAAUGAAAAAAAAUACAAUUUUAAAGUUUACAGAACUAAAAACAGUUAUGUGUACCUGAUGAACAUUUAACAUGAAUAAUGCUUCUUUUUGCAAAUAUAAGAAUUUCAAAAAUUAACAUCAACACAACAACUUUGGUAUGGAAGGUUAGAUACAAUUUUUUAUAUGUCUGUCAUUAGAUGUACAGGUUUCUCCUGACACAUUCCUAAUUUGUUAUGUUCAAGUGUUUCAAUGCCAAUUUUUAUGGCCCCCUAUGACAGAAGGGGCAUUAUGUUUUCAUGUUGGUGUGUUAGUCUCUCCCUCUUCAGGUUUUUGGCCAAGGUAGUUUACAAUGAAGUUUUAGUCACACCAAUUUAGUACACAUGUUAUCAUGAUGUGAACAUUUUAAAUUAUAUGACAAAUUACGAUUUUGACCCAAAUUUCAAAGAUCACUGAACCUGUAAAUGUGAUAGUGUGAAAACAGUACAUUCUCAGGUUGAAGGUUUCACUAAGGUAGUUUACCAUAAGUUGUGGUGACAUCAACUUGAAAUUUAGUACACAUAUUCAUUAUGAUGUGAUUUUUAAAUAUAAAAAAUUUUGCGGUCGUAUAUUGGUAUCACGUUGUCGUCGUCGUCUUCAUCCGAAAACAUUUGGUUUUUUAACAAUAACUUUAGUAUUAAUGAAUAGAAAUCUAUGGAAUUUAAACAUAAGGUUUAUAACCACAAAAGGAAGGUUGGGAUUGAUUUUAUGGGUUAUGGUCCCAACAGUUAAGGAAUUAGGGGACUCAAAUGGGCCAAAAUAAGCAUUUUCUAGUUUCAUGACAAUAACUUGUGGAACAAUGUAUGGAUCACUCUGAAAUUAUACCACAAGUUUCCAUACCCCAAAGGGAUGGUUAGGAUUGGCUUUUGGGGGUUAUGGCUCAAACUGUUUAGGAAUUAGGGGCAAAAAAGUGAGAAAAAACAAAGGUGUCCUGGUUAAUGGACAAUUACUGAAGUACAAAUUACAGUGUAAGGGAGGUAAUUCAAGCACAACUUUGAAUUACCUCCCUUACACUGCUUUUAAAUUAUGUAUACAGAUUUUUUGUAUUGUCUUGAGGUGAUUAGCUGUCAAUUCAUUUUUAGAAGUUACUAUUUUAAUAAUUUUAAAAAUACUGAUUAAGGUAAAUUAAUUUUAGCUAUGAUUAUGUAUGUCAUUUUCUAUUUUAAGACUUUUAUGAUGUAUUUAAAUGGGUUAUUAUGGUUGCAAACUCCAUUGGAAAUUUCAAUUGAAAUUAUGACCAUGACUGAGGGGGGGACAAUUUUUUUCUCCACAAGAUUUCAGAAAUCAAAAAGAAAAUCCUUCAAAUUUUUUUUUUUUUAAAAAGGGGGGUGGGAAGGUCAAUUCGCAACAGCAUAGUGUAAUGCACAAAAGCAAAAAAAUUAAUAUAAAUUCAAAUCAUAUAACCAAUUCUUAGUUCUUUGACUACAGUUAUUCUGUGUCAGAAACCUAUUAUGUGUAAAAUAUUGAAUUACAAUCCAAAUUCAGACCUGUAUCAAGUGCGAAUAUUGUGUCCAUUUUUGCCCCAACUGUUCAGGGUUGGACCUCUGCGGUCGUAUCCAGCUGCGCUCGGCGAAGCAAUUUAUUUUAAUAUAAAUGCCAAAUUACAGAUAUGUUCCUGAUUCCUUUUGGUUCGCCGAACAAGGAAAAUGACAGUUGAAGCUGGACAUUUGAACCCAUGGACGCAUAUUCUUGUUUAAAAUAACUUGCUUGAAUAGACCAGAAAUAGUGAACUACUGUCUCUGUUUGUAGUACUGUAUGACCAUGCACCGAGGUAGAAUACAUUUAUUAGAUUUUUGAACAUUAUUUUAUCAAGCAGAGUUUCUCUUGCUGUGUUUUAUUGUGUGAAGCUUUGUUUUGUUAUAUUUUAUUGUAUUGUUAUGAUGAACCAGUAGAAUCUCAUUUUGUUGUUAACAAGUGCUUAUUUGUUUUAGUGAAUAAUAAAUCAUGAAAAAGUC